UGGGCAAAGUUAGAUGGGAAGUUUUGUUUGAUAGAAAUUAUCUACUGGUGUACUUUUUCACGGAAACAAAACCGAAAACUAUCCUCUCCAAAAUGAGUCUAUCAAGAAUUAACCCAUCGGAGAUUUACUACAGCCAAGACUCCAUCAAAGAGAAGUUCUUUGAUGGACAAACAAUAUAUUCUUCUCUGAGUGAGUGCAGAGAAAAACCGUAUGUUAUCAAUAUGAUACCUACGAUGAGAGUCUGCUUGAAAGACGGAAAAUGGUAUACCCUGGACAAUCGCCGACUCUGGGUUUUCAAAAGACUGGAAGCAGAGGGCUAUAUCAGUGACGUAGAGGUCAUGAUAGUGAGUAGUUCUGAACUGACCGCGAGCAAAUUUACCACUAACAACGGUGGUACAAGUGUAAUUAUUCGUCAGCCUGUUAAUGAUUCUGAUGAAGACGAUGACUUCGGUUACUACAAUGAUACGGAUAGCGACGGUGAUCUGUGGGAUAUAUAAUUCAAGACUGUUUGGGUUUUUUUUUUGACAUACUGGAUAAAUCAUAGAGAUUUUGUUUUGUAGUACAGCACAAAGUUUUUACUUUAUACUAUAUUCAUCAUGUUCGAAAAUGAAGUUAAGAAAUUGGAAAUCCGACAGAAAAAAAAACCUGUCAGUUCACUUACCAUGCUGCUGGGGGGGGGGGGGGGGGGGGGGGGGGAGCCCAAAAUUCCGUUUGGAUGGAGUUACCAAUUUCAAUGUUAUAUGAAAUCUGGAAAAACUUUAUUUCUGUAACUGCACACGAAAUAAUAACUGUUACCUUAAGACUUCGCUUCGGCCAAUACUCCAUCAUGGAAAAGUUUGACAAUAUUCGUUGGUGGAAAAAAAACCACAAUAUUCUUACGUUAUCCGUAGGAUUCCUGAUAUUUCUAAGUUUGCAGAGAACACAACAAAUGUUGCACACUAGAAAACUGUCAACUCCAGGUCUAUCAAAGAUACAACGGAUUCUUUCGGUUAUGAACUAUCGUAUGACUGCGGAGAAAUUCAAUACGCGAAAUGGAGGUGAAAGUGUGCAUAUUCGGCGACCAUUUUGUUAUGUCCGAUGACGUGAGCGAUGAAGACGAAAACGAUUUCUUUCUCUGAUUAUGACAACGAUGUCUGGUAUUUCUUUGGUCUAUGUUAGAAUUUGGUAACUGCUGCGUUCCUUUCUUGCUUUAUAUCGAAACAGAACUUGUUUGUUAAAGUUUGGUAUUAAAGUUUUUGUUUGUUU